AUGGGAUUCUUUACGGAUGCGUACGAUCUUUUCUGCAUCUCUCUUGUAACUAAAAUGCUUGGCCGGAUAUAUUACCACGUUGAAGGGUCAUCAAAACCAGGCAGUUUGCCUCCCAACGUAUCUGCUGCUGUCAACGGUGUUGCCCUCUGUGGAACACUUGCUGGCCAGCUCUUCUUCGGGUGGUUGGGUGACAAAUUGGGUCGAAAGAGGGUGUAUGGUGUCACACUCAUGCUAAUGUCUAUGUGCUCCCUUGCAUCGGGCCUUUCUUUUGGCAAAGAUCCUAAAUCAGUAAUGGCUACUCUCUGUUUUUUUCGAUUCUGGCUUGGCUUCGGCAUUGGUGGCGAUUAUCCACUUUCGGCAACAAUUAUGUCUGAAUACGCGAAUAAGAAAACUCGCGGUGCUUUCAUAGCUGCGGUGUUUGCAAUGCAAGGUUUUGGGAUUCUGUCUGGUGGUGUGUUUGCAAUGAUAGUCUCGGCUGCAUUUGAUGCCAGAUUCAAGGCUCCAGCAUAUGCGGUUGACCCAAUUGGCUCGACUGUCCCACAGGCAGAUUAUGUUUGGAGAAUCAUUUUGAUGGCGGGUGCUCUUCCGGCUUUACUCACUUAUUAUUGGCGACUGAAAAUGCCCGAAACUGCUCGUUACACUGCCCUUGUCGCCAAGAAUGCGCAACAGGCUGCAUCAGAUAUGUCUAAAGUUUUACAAGUGGACAUUGAGGCUGAACAGCAAAAGGUGGAACAAAUAGUCGAAAAACAAAAGAAUUCUUUCGGUUUAUUCACAAGGGAAUUCCUUCGUCGCCAUGGACUUCACUUGCUCGGCACCACAAGCACGUGGUUCUUGCUCGACAUUGCAUAUUACAGCCAAAAUUUGUUCCAGAAGGAUAUUUUCAGCACAAUUGGAUGGAUUCCGUCAGCAAAGACAAUGAAUGCUGUUGAAGAGGUUUAUACAAUUGCAAGAGCACAAACGCUUAUCGCCCUUUGCAGUACUGUCCCGGGAUACUGGUUUACUGUGGCUCUGAUUGAUAGAAUAGGAAGAUUUGCUAUUCAAUUACUGGGAUUCUCCAUGAUGACAAUCUUCAUGUUUGCUUUGGCCAUUCCCUACGACCACUGGACACACAAAGGCAACCACAUUGGAUUCGUGGUUUUGUAUUCCUUAACCUUCUUUUUCGCAAACUUUGGACCUAAUGCGACAACCUUCGUCGUGCCUGCUGAGAUUUUCCCUGCUAGAUUACGAUCCACCUGCCAUGGAAUCUCUGCUGCAUCUGGAAAAAUGGGAGCAAUAAUUGGUGCUUUUGGGUUCUUGUAUCUGGCUCAAAACCAAGACAAGGCAAAGGCUGAUGCAGGGUAUCCAGCAGGAAUCGGCAUGAGAAAUUCACUCAUCGUGUUAGGCGUAGUGAAUCUUUUGGGCUUAUUAUUCAGCUUCUUGGUCCCGGAAUCGAAGGGGAAAUCUCUAGAGGAGAUGUCAGGUGAAAAUGACGAUAUGAAUGAGGCAAGUAGCAAUAAAACAGUUCCAGCUGUAUGA